GAGGGGAGCUUACUAGAGUCGUCUGUCCAAUGGUGGGGCUGCUUUGUCGUUUGGCCCUGUCGCCGGACAGACAGACAGAGGCAAGUGGACCGGUUUGAAGCUAAGCUAAUUCAGUCACAUUUUCAGCCACCUAAGUAAGAGUUUUGCAUUGGUUCUACUUGCGGCACAAGCGUGUAUGUGUUUACAAAAAAUCGAAGGUACAUGUUAGCGUUUGUAUUUCUAGGCUAACACGUAAAACAAAGCCUUUAUUUUUGGUAACCCGCGUCUGUCCUGCUAGCUGAAUUGGCGGUAGGCGCCACUAGUGUUUGACAACAGCGCUAUUCCGUCACGUUCCCGUUGUUGUGGUUAGCUUUGGCGAGCGCGCGAAUUUCUGCAAGGUGCACGAAAGGAGGAAAAAAAAAAGCUCAAGAUAACUUAAAUCAAAAAUUGAACAUGGCAGAAUACCUCGAAGAUCCGUCGGUUCUUACGAAGGAUAAGCUGAAGAAUGAGCUUACAGCAAACAAUGUGCCACUUCCGAGCGGGGAGCAUAAAAAAGAAGUCUAUGUGCAGCUGUAUCUGAAAAACUUAACUAUUCUGAAUAACAAGAAAAGUCCGCCUGUAGACACUUUCUCCAGCGACGAAGACAUGCCUGCUCCCGUUGUUUCCAACAAAAGUCGAUCUGGAAGAAAAGCUACCAAAAAGACUGACAAGCCACGCUCAGAGGAAGUGGAGGUGACAGCUCUCACUGAUGAAGAUCUCAAACAACAUCUGGCAAAGCAUGGUGUGGACUCUGGACCCAUUGUUGCCUCCACUCGUAAGUUGUAUGAGAAAAAGCUGCAGAAGCUUUUGGACCAGCUACCUGCUGAGCCUGAAGCUCCUACAGACGUCACAACUCUCCCCAAGGCAGACAGUAACCAGAACGGCAACACGAAUUCUGACCAGUAUAGUGACAAGGAAGACGAGGAGAUUGCUGCCCCUGAACCAGAGCCAGUUCCUGUGGUAGAGAAACCUGUGAGGAGCAGAGGGAAAGCCCCAGUUACCGUCAGAGCCAGCAGCAGACGACAAACCAAGGUCGUGGAAGACAUUAUUACUGAAGAAACCCCGAAGAAAUCCAGUGAGAAUAUUGUUGAAGAUAUCCUUGCCAAUGAAAUAAGCACACCAACAGGCAUCAGUGCAACCUGCAGGCGUCCCAUCAGAGGUGCAGCUGGUCGACCGCUAAAACCAAGUGAAUACUGGCUGGAUGAGUCCCGUGUGCAGCACAGCAUCCUGUCAGAAAGCCGCUCUUACUCAGAGUCUUACUCCAGAGUAGGCAACACAGCCUCUUCAAGCAAAGCCCCAACCCGAAGAGGCUUUCUGUCCAUGUUGCUCAAGUUCCUGCUCCUCGUGGUGCUGGCUGGUUCUCUCUACUAUGCCUAUCAGAACCUGGAUGCAGAUCAAAUCAACACCCUCAAAGGCCUCUGUGACAGGGUCAUCGUACCCUUACAAGGCCUUGUUAACGAUGCAGCCACCUACCUGGGCAUCGGAAGCAGCGCUCUCACAGAGAACAGCGGCAAGUAAAUGCCCUCAUCAGUCUUUAGCCAUGUCUGCCCCACCUCCCUGCAGCCUGCCACAGCACACCACAACUCAAGCAGUAAACUUGGCUCACUUCUGCUUUUUACUGACAUGGUCGGAGAGAGAACACAGAUUUAAUUGGGACGAUAAACUCUCUUUUCUCUGGGCUCUAGCUUCCCUCCUACCCCAAGAGGAAACAGUAGCUUCUGGAUUACACUGUUUUGUGGCAGUCAGAGGAGACUCUUUUGAUGUUGAUUUUUAAUCUGUGCAUUGUUUGUGUCUUUGUGUGUAUUUAACCCAUGUAUGUAGAAACAAGUGCAGACAGGGAGGCCAGUUUAUCUGUGCAUGGUUGUAGUUUAUGAAGAUCAUACUGUAGUUUCUAACUGUGUGCCAGGUGUUUUCUGACUGUAAAGUACCUGGACACUGUUAGCACGUAGUGCCCUCCCAUUUUGAAGCACAAGGCAGUGCUUCUACUAAUACCAGAAUGUCUACACGUGUUUCUGUCUGCAUUACAACAUUUGCUCAGUAGCUAUAGAGUUAGGUAGAAUGAAUCAUUAUUUCUCUGGUGCUCAGGUCAAUUCAGCUCCAAUUUUUGAUGUGGUACGAGCCGAAAGUAGACACUGCAUGAGGACAAACCGCCCAUAGUUAAUUUGAGGUAGAAACCUUUUUUCUUCAAUGGCUGAUCACUGCUUAAAUCGGGCCAAUAUGUGGCUCCGUGUUGACGGAAAUGAUCACUUCUGGUCAAUCUGUAUUGAAAUCAUGAUUUUAUUUAACGGGUUGAGAAUGGAAAGUGACUCUACUUUUGUGUUAUUUUAUUAGAAUCAUCGAUUUACGAACUCAAUUUUAAAUGAAGAAACAUUUAAAUAUUAGCUGUCAUUUUUUAAAGUCACUCCAUAAGGAAACUGAAUCGAAGAGUUCAAUUAUUUCUUAAUUUUCCAGCCCUGCCGGUGUUCCCGAUUUGAGUUUACAAGCUUUGAGUUUAGUGCUCUGUUGUGCUUUUUGUUCUGUAUUUCUGUUUUGUAUUUUUUUCUGAUCCUUCAGUCCUAUAUGCAGGAUUGGCUGAUGCAGUGCACCCACAUAGCCCACCUCACUGAUUGCAUUUGUCCAGACGUGGCAGACCUGCAAAGAACACAUGGGUUCAAAGUUAAGCGAAUUAAAAUGUAUUAUUUGUGAACUUGAAACUACUUCUGCCGGUGUAAAUCACCACUAUUUAGACACUGUAGGUUACUCUGCGAGGGGACACGGAGAGCAUGACAUUAGCAUUCACUGGAGGUCAAGUGGGGGGUGGGAAGAUUUCAGGGGCAUAUUUUGUUUCUAUUUUGAUAUUUUUCUAAAGUGGCGCAUUCAACUUUUUAUAACACAUUUACUGUUACAUUUGAGCAAAGCAAUAUGUAUGAAAUGCAAAUGAUACUGUAUCUUAAUCUGAACAUUACUGACUUAAUUCAAGUGAUCUAUCAUCAGGCAGCUCUCCCACAAUGGACAGAAAUGACAGGGGUUAUGUGGGUAAGGAUUUGUAAUCUGUUUAUUUAUGAUAAUGUAGGAAGUGUAUCAUAAAAUAAACUUUGUUGUUGCCA